CCUUGAGGGCCUCUUUCUUUUACCUUCACUUUGCAUCGCUUUCAGGUUGUUUUGGCCCGAAGUCCUUCGUUUCCCAACUGUCAUUCUUUUAUUUCUCUUUCUUGAGUUUACAUUCGUUCAACAGGCCAGGAUGCCUUCUUCACUUCUUCUUCAAGUCGCUGCCGCUGGCUUGCUGGCCCAGUCGGCUUACGCUUACACCCAAGUCAACAUGGCUGUUCCGUUUAUGACGAAGAACAUUGAUCCGCUGGUUUUCCCGGGACAAUACGACAAGUCUCAUCUACACUCAUUCUUUGGAUCCGAUGCUGUCACAAUCAACACCAAAACCUCCGCCGAACUGCAAAAAGGUUGCACCAACGCGGAGAACCCGAAUGAUCUAUCGACGUAUUGGAUCCCCACACCGCUUUUCACGGCAGAUGGUGGGAAGACGUACAAGCCGAUUCCAGUGAUGCGCUUCUCGGCCUACUACAACUUGGGAGAGACUCCUGCCGAGAUCGCGAUUCCCCAGGACCUGAUGAUGGUAGCCGGUGACGCCGCUGCUCAAACACCAGAUGCAAUGCCCAAGGAUGCCAAAAUCGAGUGGUUCUGUGAGGGCGAUGCACCAGUACCAGCCGACGCGAACGGCUUUCCCAGCAAGACGUGCAGCACGCACUUGCAACAACUCCUCUUCUUCCCGCAGUGUGUCAACGAGAAAACGCUGGAAACAGCUUACAAGUCUCGGGACUUUGGCACCCCGAACUGGUGUCCCGAGGGUUCGAAGUCCAUGCCUCAGCUACGCUUCAGCAUCCGCUACGAUUUGCGCAAGGAGUUGCCCAAUGGUUGGAGCGGAACUGCGCCGAUCAAGCUGGCUUGCGGUAAUGCGUACUGCUCCCAUGGCGAUUUCAUCAAUGGGUGGACUCCGGAAGCGGCGAAAAACAUGAUUGCCACCACACAGUCAAAGCAGUCGUACUCUUCCGUGAACGGUGCUCUCGGAAAAGAUGGCGACAAGAUGUCAUGCACGCCCAAGGACGCGGAUCCAAGCCAUGGUACAGGCGAUUACGCGAAGAGCGUUGAGGCUAUGAGCAAACGAUCUGUUCCUGAGUGGGGAUGGACAUCAAAGACGAGACUGCCUCGUGCUUUGUAAGGUUAGCCAUCGACGUGGGAUUGAUGCCUCCGUGAAUGAUUUGUGCGAACUAUGUAGCUGUUUGAUGCUUUGGUAACACAUGCCGUCAGUCAAAUAUUUAGCAAAAAAUCAGUAUAUCCAUUCUCAAAAUCCGUCGGGCGAUUGUUUCCUUCCAGCUCAUAACUGUUUUGUGCGUUCGAUAAUCCGACUAUUUCCGGUACAACUUCACUGAUUGUGUACCGUGACUGUGGGCAAGUCUUAAUUGCAAAUAAGGAGUAUCAUGGAUUGCAGCGGAAGUUGUUCCCAUGAAAGCAUCGUUGUGCGAGGCUUGUGAUUUGAAUCUUUGUCCAUAGAGACUCCAUCUGUGGUGUCGCAUCAAGCCUGUAAUGAUGCG